CGCGUGUGCUCAUUAGGGGACGCUCUCUGAUUUGACAGCCCGGCCGCCCCGCUACCGCUGCCGCUCCCGCCGCUGCGGCCGUGGGCCCCCCAGCACUUGCAAAGGGCCGCGAGGGUUCAGAGGAGCUGCGGUCCUAAAGACCCGCGCGCGGCUCAGUGGUCUGCGGUCCACAAAGUAGACGAGACCUCCCGCCGGAUUGGAAACUUGCGCUUACUACUGCUUCGUCCACCCGCAGAAAGGCAGCCAGCGCCACAGAGGAAAAGCUGGCAGGUAUCAUUUCGUUUUUCCUUUCAAAGGAGGGAGCUUCCUCUGUUUCUCUUCCGCGUUGCUCUCCAGUUAGAGGAAACAGGUGCCCCUCAGUAAGCCGGUCGGGAACCGGGAACCGUUCCUCCAGCCUACACCAGAGUUGCAAUCAAGGGACUUCCCCCCAGCACACGUGAGCCUGUUUCUGGACAGACACGGGAGGGGCCAGAAGACGGAGGGAGAGCUACCUGCCAGGGACUGGCUCCAUUUGAGAGGGGGACCCCGUGAAUGAAUUUGGACUGUAACUCUUCACAGGGGGAGAGAACCACUGAGGUAAAGGCAGGCCACCGGGAAGAGGAUGUUUUGAGAAGUGUUUCGGAGAAACUUCAAACCGGUGAAGAUGGAAAACGAGACAGUAAGUGAACUGAACCAAACACAGCUUCAGCCGAGAGCGGUGGUGGCCCUGGAGUACCAAGUGGUCACCAUCUUACUUGUGCUCAUUAUUUGUGGUUUGGGCAUCGUGGGCAACAUCAUGGUAGUCCUGGUGGUCAUGAGAACCAAGCACAUGAGGACCCCCACAAACUGCUACCUGGUGAGUCUGGCAGUAGCCGAUCUCAUGGUCUUGGUGGCUGCAGGCCUCCCCAACAUAACGGACAGCAUCUACGGUUCCUGGGUCUACGGCUAUGCCGGCUGCCUCUGCAUCACUUACCUCCAGUACUUGGGCAUUAACGCAUCCUCCUGUUCCAUCACAGCCUUUACCAUCGAGAGGUACAUAGCGAUCUGUCACCCCAUCAAAGCCCAGUUUCUCUGCACAUUUUCCAGAGCCAAAAAGAUCAUCAUCUUUGUCUGGGCUUUCACGUCCAUUUACUGUAUGCUCUGGUUCUUCUUGCUGGAUCUCAACAUUAGCACCUAUAAAGAUGCGAUUGUGGUGUCCUGUGGCUACAAGAUCUCCAGGAAUUACUACUCACCUAUUUACCUAAUGGACUUUGGUGUCUUUUAUGUUGUGCCAAUGAUACUGGCCACCGUCCUCUAUGGAUUCAUAGCUAGGAUCCUCUUCUUAAAUCCCAUUCCUUCAGAUCCUAAAGAAAACUCUAAGAUGUGGAAAAAUGACUCAACCCAUCAGAACAAGAAUUUGAAUUCAAAGACCUCUAAUAGAUGUUUCAGCAGCACAGUAUCUUCAAGGAAGCAGGUCACCAAGAUGCUGGCAGUGGUUGUAAUUCUGUUUGCCCUUUUAUGGAUGCCCUACAGGACUCUUGUGGUUGUCAACUCAUUUCUCUCCAGCCCUUUCCAAGAAAAUUGGUUCUUGCUCUUUUGCAGAAUUUGCAUUUAUCUCAACAGUGCCAUCAACCCGGUGAUUUACAACCUCAUGUCCCAGAAAUUCCGUGCAGCCUUCAGAAAGCUCUGCAACUGUAAGCAGAAGCCAGUGGAGAAACCCGCUAACUACAGUGUGGCCCUAAACUACAGUGUCAUCAAGGAGUCCGAUCAUUUCAGCACCGAGCUUGAUGAUAUCACUGUCACUGACACUUACUUAUCUGCCACGAAAGUAUCUUUUGAUGAUACCUGCUUGGCUUCUGAAAUAACCUUUAGCCAAAGCUGAUUCAUGAACGAGAAGAAAAUGGACCACAGAGUAAAUGAGAGUCUGUGCCGUUAUCACCCGGAGAGGAAACAGCCAAUACUUGUCCAUGGAGACAGGGCAGAUAAAGCCUUUGCCAAUGCUCUAAUAAAUCCUGGCCCAAGAUCCUUUAACCCAUAAGAAUGAUUCAUAUUUUCCUUCUAGUAUCACAAAAAAGUUUCCCCCCAAAUGGAGCAGAUUGUGAAAGAGCCAAAUGAUAGAAACUGAACGUGUAGCUCUUUCCAUUUAAUCUGAGAAAGUCACUAUAUUUUCUGGGGCCAUGAAGUUUAGCUAAAAUCUAGACAUUGAUAUAACAUUUUUCAUAGUAAAUGUAAUAUCUCAAACUCCCCCAAAUUAUUGGUACGUUUGGUAAUUUGGCACCAUGUAAAUGUUUAAAUGUUUGCAUUUAGCAUUUCACUUUAACACAGUAUAGUGCUAUUUCAUACAGGAAAAAAUAGAAAAAAAAUUUUUUGAGUAAAAUAAGAUUUCAAAUAGAGUCACUAUAUGAAAAACAGAAACAAAUGUCAUAACCCUUAUAAAAUUCUGAGAUGAUUUUUUUAAUUCAAGUGUGGUUGGCACACAGUGUUACAUUAGUUUCAGGCAUACAACAUAGUGAUUUGACAGCUGUAUACAGCAUGCUGGGCUCGCCACAAGCGUAGCUGCCAUCUGUCACCGUGCAACGCUGUUACAGCAUCAGCAACUAUAUUCCCUUGGCUGCACCUUUCAGCCCCUGAGAUAAUUUUUAUGUCUUACAAAGUAGAUGUCAUCUUUCAACUCUAAUGUAAAAUAAACCUCAAAAUAGAAUUACAAGUUGAGAAGACAUGUAGAUUUGAUUUUUAGAUGAAUCCAGCUCUUAACCAACUCUUCGAGUCUCCUAAAUGAUGGGUAAGACAGGAGAAAUAUCAGAUUAAAUAACUAUAAAGAUACAAAAUAACAUGUAAGUAAUUAUUGAAAAGCGGAGCCAAGACAAGACCCGAUAUUUAAAUAAGGCUUCACUUUUUCUCUAAAAUUUUUAAGGAAGAAAAUCCUUUUUGAGCAUUCUUGUGUAAAAACUACUGAGCCAUGUCAAGUGAAUCCUUCUAGUGAAUCUAGCUUUAAAAGUCUGAAACAUUCUCAAAAGCUUAGUUGCUAUUCUAAGUCAGCCCGACUAUUACACUUCCAGAUGAAGACUCCCCAUGGAGCGUUGUAGUCUAUGGAUUUUUAACUUGUCUGCAACUGCCUGUCUUUCCUGCCUGCUUGUCAUUUGUAGGUUUGGGUUUUUUUGUUUUGUUUUGUUUUUAAUACUAGCGAUAGUUCGUUUACAAAUUCUAAGUCAAAGAAAUGCAGAAUUCUGUUGGCUUUACUUUCAAUAGAGCUAAAACUGACUUCAUCUCAUCACUAAUAUCUUUAUUAUGUAUAACUUAUACCUGUUAUUCUAUUGCAGUGAUUAUGAGAAGGGUAUGAAUGUGAAUUUGCCCAAGACAUAGGGUCAAGGUCCAAUUUAAUCCCUUCCAGAUGGCUCACCUACUGGGAUUUUGCCAAUCAGUAUCUCCAAGUGUAUCUCCUUGGUGAUGGUUCAAUAAUAGCUCAUUUUUAAGGAUGGGGUCUGAAAGCACUGGGUACUGGCAUUUGCCCUCUCCAGCCUAUUUUCCUAUUUCAUGCAUUUUUUGGAAACCUAAUCACAUAUGACAGCUACCCCUCCCUACCUUCUUUAUGAAGAAUACUUCAUUUCUAUUUUGGAAACUUCAGUUUUAAGAUGCUGCCGCGUGGAGACUCUGCCAUCCAGAACAUCAGACCUGAACAUGCUUUUGAGAAAACUGGCCUCAUCUACUCCAGGAAGAUAUUCUUAUCCUGUCACUGUAUCAGUCAACAAAUGCAAGCAAAUGUUUAUGGGAAAUACAUUAAAUGUCCAUCUGCAUGACACCAAGAAAUCUAUUGUACCUGACUUUUCAUCCUGGAUUAGAUAUCAAUCUUGGAAUCAUAUG